CAUUCAUCACCAUAAUCACACACCACAUCCAAAAUGUCUAAUAACCAAAACAACACUCCUUUUAUUUUCCCAGAGACACAAUCCACUGUCCUGCCUGAUCCUUCCAACUUUUACUCCCAAAACCUUGUCUCAAAUCCACUCCCUACAAACUCUUUCUUCCAAAACUUUGUUCUAAACAAUGGUGACCAACCUGAAUACAUUCACCCUUACCUCAUCAAAUCCUCAAACUCAUCCCUCUCCCUCUCAUACCCUUUUCACUCUGUCAACUCUGCUGUCAUAUACCAAGUCUUCAAUGCUGAUCUCACUAUCUCAUCAAACCAAACUUCCAAUGGGAAGCACAUUAUCUCCUCCUAUAGUGAUCUCAGUGUCACCUUGGAUAUCCCUUCUUCCAAUCUAAGCUUCUUCCUUGUUAGGGGAAGCCCCUUUUUGACCGUGUCUGUCACCCAACCAACCCCUCUUUCCAUCACCACAAUCCAUGCCAUUCUCUCCUUCUCUUCAAAUAAUUCCUUAACCAAAUACACCUUUCAGUUUAACAAUGGUCAAACAUGGCUCCUAUAUGCUUCCUCACCAAUCAAGUUGAGUCACACCCUCUCUGAGAUCACUUCUAACGCUUUUUCUGGCAUAAUUAGGAUAGCUUUGCUGCCAGAUUCUGAUCCAAAACAUGUGGGUGUUCUUGACAAGUUCAGUUCUUGUUACCCUUUGUCAGGUCAUGCUGUGUUCAGAGAACCUUUUGGUUUGGAAUAUAAGUGGGAGAAGGAAGGUUCUGGUGAUUUGCUUCUAUUGGCCCACCCUCUUCAUCUUCAGCUUUUGUCCAAUGAAGACAGUGAUGUCACUGUUCUCAAUGAUUUUAAAUACACAAGCAUUGAUGGGGACCUUGUUGGUGUUGUUGGGGAUUCAUGGCUUUUGCAAACAGAUCCGGUUUUAGUAACUUGGUAUUCUACCAAGGGUGUCAGAGAAGAAUCCCAUGAUGAGGUUGUUUCAGCUCUUGUGAAUGAUGUUGAGGGUCUAAAUUCAUCGGCAAUAACAACAACAUCUUCUUAUUUUUAUGGCAAGUUGAUCGCAAGGGCUGCAAGGUUGGCAUUGAUUGCUGAGGAGUUAUCCUAUCAUGAUGUGAUUCCAAAGAUUAGUAACUUCUUGAAGGAAACCAUUGAGCCAUGGUUGGAGGGAACUUUUAAUGGGAAUGGAUUUUUACACGAUCCUAAAUGGGGUGGCAUUAUAACCAAACAAGGGUCUACUGACACUGGUGCUGAUUUUGGCUUUGGAAUUUACAAUGAUCAUCAUUAUCAUUUGGGAUAUUUUCUCUAUGGAAUUGCAGUGCUUGCUAAGAUUGAUCCAACAUGGGGUAGAAAGUACAAGUCUAAAGCCUAUUCACUUAUGGAAGAUUUUAUGAAUUUGGGCACAAAAUCAAACUCCAAUUAUACACGCUUAAGGUGUUUUGAUCUUUAUUUGUUUCACUCUUGGGCUGGAGGGUUAACUGAAUUCACAGAUGGAAGGAAUCAAGAGAGCACAAGUGAAGCUGUGAAUGCAUAUUAUUCUGCAGCCUUGAUGGGUUUGGCAUAUGGUGAUGCACAUGUUGUUGCACUCGGAUCAACACUCACAGCAUUGGAAAUUCUUGGAGCUAAAACGUGGUGGCAUGUAAAAGAGGGUGGAAAUUUGUAUGAGGAAGAUUUUACAAAAGAAAACAGGAUAAUGGGUGUUCUAUGGGCUAAUAAAAGAGAUAGUGGACUAUGGUUUGCUCCUGCUGAAUGGAAAGAGUGUAGGCUUGGCAUUCAACUCUUACCAUUAUUGCCAAUUUCUGAAGUGUUGUUCUCUAAUGUUGAGUAUGUGAAGGAACUUGUGGAGUGGACUUUGCCUGCUUUGGAUAGGGAUGGUGUUGGAGAAGGGUGGAAGGGAUUUGUGUAUGCCUUGGAAGGGAUUUAUGAUAAUGAAAGUGCAUUGCAGAAGAUAAAAGGCUUAAAUGGAUUUGAUGAUGGAAACUCUUUGACAAAUCUCUUGUGGUGGAUUCAUAGCAGAGAUGAUGGUGAUGAGUAGU